ACCACAGCUCUCAUCUUUCGUUGCAUGCCACACGGGCUGUACGCUUCCCUAAUUAAAAGACGGCGUGGAUUUGGAGCUAGGUUUUCAAUAUAUGGAGUCAUAGCCUACACACAUAUUUCAUCAACGCUUUUCGGAGGGGUGUUCAUCUUUGGGUUUGUGAUGUAGCCUAACCAUGAACAUUUGGAUUUUUUUCCAUCCAAAUUUCUGGGGCAGGCACAGGCUGCUUCUUGCUUUAGCCUACCUUGCAACUAUAUCAAACAUCCGUUGAGGUAUUGCUUUCUUUGGUAUUAUUAAAAGUUGUGAUUUAUCUGAAAGAUUCAGUGGAGCCUGUGCUUUUUUUGCAAGCUGAAUAAAAGAAGUCGGUAAGAAACCUGCCUUCUCUUUUCCUCUUUCAACCCGAGUUCAUGUGUCGGCCAGAUCCCACUGCGUUGCCUCGCACAUGUUUUGCAAUACAAUGACUGGAACCUGCUCGAGACAUGCCUAAGCGACGCAAUGGGACAAGGCGACGAGAACGAUCGUAUUGUGAUUAACGUGGGAGGUAUCAGACACCAGACCUACCGUAGCACCCUUCGCACAUUACCGGGCACCCGGUUAGCUUGGCUCGCCGAGCCAGAUGCCCACAGUCACUUUGACUACGAUCCCAAGAUUGAAGAAUUCUUCUUUGACCGGCACCCGGGUGUGUUUGCCCACAUCCUCAAUUACUAUAGGACCGGGAAGUUGCACUGCCCUGCAGACGUUUGCGGCCCUUUGUACGAGGAGGAGUUGGCGUUCUGGGGUAUAGAUGAGACCGACGUGGAACCAUGUUGUUGGAUGACUUAUCGGCAACAUCGAGAGGCCGAGGAGGCAUUGGAUAGUUUUGGGGGUGGCCCCCCCGAGAAUUCAGAGGAGGAUGGGGAUGAGGAAACGCUGGGAAUGAUCAAUAGGUUGGCUCUUGAUGGACCAGAUGCCAAAUCAGGGGGGCAUUGGCGACGUUGGCAGCGGUUGCUUUGGGCACUUUUCGAGGAUCCCUAUUCUUCUAAAUAUGCAAGGUGGAUAGCCUUCGCCUCCCUGUUCUUCAUCCUGGUUUCCAUCACCACCUUCUGCCUGGAGACACACGAGGCCUUCAACCCCAUCAUCAACCGGACGGAAAUUGACCCGCUGGACAACAGCACGCGGGUCUACCAGGAGACUGAGACCGUGGUCUUCCUCACCUAUAUUGAGGGGGUCUGUGUGCUGUGGUUUACAUUUGAGUUCAUAAUGCGAGUGACGUUCUGUCCGAGCAAGCUGGAGUUUUUCCGUAACACCCUCAACAUCAUCGACUUUAUUGCCAUCAUGCCCUUCUACCUGGAGGUGGGGCUGAGUGGGCUCUCUUCCAAGGCGGCUAAGGAUGUACUGGGUUUCCUACGCGUGGUACGCUUUGUCCGGAUCCUCCGGAUCUUUAAGCUGACUAGGCACUUUGUGGGACUGCGUGUCCUGGGUCAUACACUCCGAGCCAGCACCAAUGAGUUCCUGCUACUAAUCAUCUUCCUUGCCCUGGGUGUGCUCAUCUUCGCCACUAUGAUCUACUAUGCUGAAAGAAUUGGUGCCAAGCCCAAUGACCCCCGAGCCAGCGAGCACACGCACUUCAAGAACAUUCCUAUUGGAUUCUGGUGGGCGGUGGUGACAAUGACAACCCUGGGCUAUGGAGACAUGUACCCUCAGACAUGGUCUGGCAUGCUGGUGGGAGCGCUGUGUGCUCUGGCUGGUGUGCUGACUAUCGCCAUGCCAGUGCCUGUUAUUGUCAAUAACUUUGGGAUGUAUUACUCCCUGGCGAUGGCCAAGCAGAAGUUACCAAAGAAAAAGAACAAGCAUAUCCCCCGCGCCCCACUUCUGGGCUCCCCCAAUUACUGUAAGUCGGAGGUAACCUCACCUCACCACAGCACGCAGGACGACACAUGGCCCCUGGCCCCACAAGAACCACCAGAAGAGAGCUUAGAAAUAAACAGAGAAGCACCACAAGCUGUUUUUCAAGAUCCAAAAGUGAACGAGGAAACAUCCAAGGAUCCAGCCAAGAGAGCAGCCAAGGAGGCAGCCAAGGAGGCAGCCAAGGAGUCAGCCAAGGAGUCAGCCAAGGAGGCAGCCAAGGAGUCAGCCAAGGAGGCAGCCAAGGAGGCAGCCAAGGAGGCAGCCAAGGAGGCAGAAAAAGCAGCGCUGGCCAAUGAAGACUGUCCCCACAUAGACCAGAUCAUGUCACCUGACGACGGCCUGAUCUUAAGCCCUAUUGACCGGUCCGAGCAGCAGCCCUGCUUCCUCCUGGCCAUGGGCGGGAGGCCAGGCCACACAGCAGCCAGAGUCAGGAAGGCUGGCCCUUCCCAGGGGAGGUCACUGGCGGAGCCGGCGCCCCCAUGCCCACCCCUCAGCCCCCAGGGCCCCCAGGGCUACCCUCUGCUGCAGCUAGCUGGGAACCCAAUCUGCAGCUAGCUCCUGUUCCACCGUGUUGUAUCGGUCUGUCCCAUUUUUGUCAUCUGGACCUUGCUUUCCGUCUUCAGCUUCUGUCUCUUAUUUUUUCUGUGGUUAUCUAUCUGCGUUGCUUGUUCUCUGUCUCUGUAAACUGUCCCUUCUCAAAACUGAUAAUGGGAAGAGAGUCUUUAAUACCAGAAAUAUGGAAGUUUGACAUCCAUAGGAAAGAGUAGGUCAGCUCAGGUAGAUUCCAAAGGAUCUGGAAGAACUCAUAUAGAACUCUACACCUAUGAAUGGGAGAUAAUAAUCUCUAAAUACUCUUGUAUUGCCCAUCCAAAUGGUGAAAAGGGCCCAGCUGUAAAUGUUCACUGAAGAUGAAGAACUCCAACACUUCAAUUAUUGGAACCUAGUCAUGUCUUUAUUGAAGGCAAUCCAUCAAUAGAUUCAUUAGUAAAUAUAUAUAUUUUUGCUUAUCUAUAUUCUAUUUCAUAAUACUUUUUUACAAGGUAAAGAAUGUCUCUUCCCACCACACGCACAACCACAAAGUAGCUACUUCAAAGACAAGUCCAAUUUUCCCAUUUUUGGUUGACUUCUUCUCCCGUUCUGCUCUUCUGUCUUUUAUUCUGUCGAUCUACCUAUCCAGCUACAAUCCUGUCUUUCUCUGUUGUAGUGGCUCCCCCUCAGGGAGGUGGUGUGCAUGGACACAGCUCUGAUACAACAGAUAGUUGGCCCAGUCACACAUCCUGACACUCUGUUCCUCUGCUGUCCUCUCAGCUUGUCUCUUUCUUUCACUUCUCUAUAUCUCUGUCCCUUGUUUUCUCUUCUUCUCCUGGAUCACCACAGAGCAAGUUUGUUAAUUUGUAAUUUUAAAACAUCUGUAAGAGGUCAUCUUCCUCUGGAACCCCCCCCCCCCCCCCCAUUGUCUUACCUUUCUCAAAUGAAUCCAUCGUCUUGGGAAUGACUAAUGACUGGCUGAUGCUGAGCAACAAUCUUCCUCUGGAACCCCCCCCCCCCCCCCAUUGUCUUACCUUUCUCAAAUGAAUCCAUCGUCUUGGGAAUGACUAAUGACUGGCUGAUGCUGAGCAACCCAACCCUCCCGUGUAUUCUCUACCACAGAUCCACGUAAAGAGGAGACUGUCUUAGUUAAGUAUAUGCAGGCAGAAGUUCUCAGAGUGACCUGAGGUGGGCGCACCACAGUCUGACUGAGUGUGAGAAACCAACGCUUUAGGAGAAAUCCCCCUCUCCAACGUUUCUUGAUUCCACGGAUGGAGGGCUUGACAGGGCCAUAUUCACAGUGAGGAAGAGAAACAGUAGAUACAGAGGUUUCUUACAGUGAGCUCACCCAUCUCACUUUGAAGGACAUGUUUUCUCUCAAACAUCAUGAUCGAAAACGUCCUUUUUGCUUUUCUUCGUUGUUGUUUUUGUAUGGACUUUUUCUCAGUGAAGAACUGUAGGAGGACAGAAAGACAAAUAACAAAGGAACAUUGGUCUGACAUCUUGGCCUGAAUGGCCAGAAAGGGUGGAAUGAAAUCAAUAAGUAGAGGACAAUAAGAAUAACUGCUAAUGGUAUUUAUGUCACCCAAUACCAUCAGUUAAACAUGACUCUUUUUAUUUAGCAUGAGUUGCAUGGUGGACUAGUAAAACAUAAAAAAUAAACUAUAGCUAUUACGACUAUCCGUAUGAAGAAUAUAUUUUUCUUUUAAUGAUUCCUCACUUUUGCGUACAAUUUGUAUAGCCAGACUAUUAAGGUGUUCAAUGACAGUGUUUUCUUCUCACAUUUCUUCCUAUUCUUCUUUGUGGUACAGAGUACAUGUUACCUGGCAGCUCUGGUCAUAUUGACCACUAUUUCCUAACUAGAGACUUGUAAGAACAUGGAGAAUAUACAUAUUUCAGCAAGCUCUCUAUGUUGUGAAAAGCUAAAAUAACAUUUGACCUUGUUUAUGUUGGCAUGCUUGUGAUCCUGGAUCUUACUGAGAAGAAUCAUUUAGGCUAAAUUAGUAAUCUAUGUUUCUGUCUACUGCUAUACGUCGAGAUGUAUACAAUCAAUUAUUUAUGGAGAACUUAUCAUUGUGAACCAUUGUUACUUUCACAUACUAAAUAUAUACUUUGAACAUUGUUAUUUUUUUAAAGAAAACUAGAAACAAUAUCAUAAAGAAUCUGGUUGACUCAGGUUGUGUCUGACCAUCUUUUCCUAACAACCUUUAGCUACUAUGAAAGCAGCAAAAAUACAUGUAUAUUUGAAAACAUAAAAGCAUUGUUUGCAAUUAAGAACAUGGGGGAAAUCAGCUGCAUGCACAAUGUUAUGCAACAUGAAAUUGGGAGAAAAGAGUUGAA